AUGACACGUCUCCUAUGUCACAAUGAAGAAAGCUUGGCCUUGCUGCAAUUCAAGCGAAGCUUUGUCGUCGACAAGUCAGCUUCUUCUCAUACCUCUUCUUAUCCGAAGACGAUAUCAUGGAAUCAACAAGGAGAGAAUCCAGAUUGCUGCUCGUGGGAUGGUGUGAUGUGUGAUCAGCAUACCGGCCGCGUCACUAGCCUUGACCUCGGUAGCAGUUGUCUCUAUGGUUCUAUCAAUUCUAGUAGCACCCUCUUCCAUCUAGGCCACCUUCAAAGGCUUAACCUCGCGGACAAUCAUUUCAACUCCUCCCAAAUUCCUUCUGGGUUUCGCAGUUUUUCAAGGCUAGCUUAUCUCAAUCUCUCCUCCUCCAGAUUCUCUGGUAAGAUUCCAUUAGAAAUAGCAGGGUUGAGUAGAUUGAGAUCUCUUGAUUUGACAGGAAAUUUGGAUGCAGCUAAAGCAAGAAUGCUAGAGCUCAGAAGUCCUGACCUGACCUGGUUAGUAGAAAAUUUAAGUCACAUUGAGAAACUACAUCUUGACAAUGUAGACUUAUAUGCUCCAAUCCCUGAAAAAGUUGCAAAUUUGUCUUCAUUAUCAUCUCUUCGUCUCUAUAAGUGCGGCCUGCUUGGCAGAUUUCCAAUGGGAAUUUUUGAACUACCAAACCUGCAGUUUCUCAAUGUGGGGAUGAAUGAAGAACUUAUUGGUCAUCUACCUGAAUUUCACUGGGGCUCUCCUCUCAAGUUUUUACAGCUUCAAUUCACAAAAUUCUCAGGUCGAUUGCCUCCUUCAAUAGGAAACCUUCAUUCCUUGAAUGGAUUGGAUAUUGGUAAUUGUAACUUUUCAGGCCCAAUCCCAUCUUCCCUCGGUAAUCUUAGCAAGAUCACCUUACUCAAACUCCGUGAGAAUAACUUCUUUGGCCAAAUCCCUUCUUCAUUGGCAAACCUUACACAUCUCACCUCUCUCUCAAUUUCAGGCAAUGAUAAUUUUAAUUGUAGGUACUUGUCAUGGCUUGAAAAGCAAAUUGAAUUCAUUCAGUUGGACCUUUUCUAUUGCAAUAUAAGUGGUGAAAUCCCUCACUUUCUCAAAAACUUCACUCGACUCAAUCAUUUACAACUCAACUCUAACCAUUUAAGAGGCCAAAUUCCACAUUGGCUAACAAACCUCACUCGGUUAGCCAUCUUAGACCUUGGUAAUAAUGAAUUCCACGGCCCUUUUCCUCCUCAAAUUUCAGAACUUGUGAAUCUUGAAGCUAUUCAUUUGUACACAAAUCACUUGAGCGGCAAUGUUAAUCUAAACCCAUUUUUCAACCUCCAACACAUGAAAGAAUUUGGUAUAUCAGAUAAUGAUUUUACGUUGCUCCAUGUGACCAAUGCAAACGCUACUCUACGAAAGUGGCACGUACUGGGACUCGGCUCGUGCAACUUGAGGGAGUUCCCUGACUUCCUUAGGUACCAAGAUAAACUGGAGUACUUGCGUCUCUCUCGAAAUAAAAUUCACGGCCAGAUUCCGAGCUGGUUAUGGAACAUUACAGAAACUUUGGAGGUUGUUUUUCUUGGUUUCAAUUUUUUGACCGGCUUUGAGCAACCUGCAUUGGUCUCGCGCCUUCAUAAUCUAAAAGCCCUAGCGCUAGCUUACAACAAGAUCCAAGGUCCAGUCCCCAGACCUCCACCCUCCAUCGUCGACUAUUUCUUCUUUAACAACAAUUUCAGUGGAGAAAAUUCUUCAACCUUCUGCGAUCUACCUCACCUGUAUGCCCUUGAUUUGUCAUUCAACAACUUGAGUGGCAUGCUUCCGCAAUGUUUGUUCGACAAGGCAAACAAUCUGAACAUUUUAAAUCUCGAACAAAACUCCUUCCGUGGAACUAUUCCUGAAACAUUAGCGAAUGGAAGUAAUUUGAGGAUGAUCGGUAUAGGUCAUAAUGCACUGCAAGGAACAUUACCGAGGUCAUUGGCUAAUCAUACAAUGUUAGAGUUUCUAAAUCUUGGUGACAAUCAGAUCAGUGACACAUUCCCCUUUUGGUUGGGAGCUCUGCAUAAUCUCCAGGUCCUCAUCUUGAGAUCCAACAAAUUUUUUGGUGCAGUUGGAAGCCCUGCAACAGGUUUCGAGUUCUCCAUGCUGCAGAUCAUUGACAUCUCCUACAACGGUUUCACUGGCAUUCUACCAUCUGAGUACUUUCAGAAAUGGAAUGGCAUGAGAAAUUCUGAUGUGAAUCACUUUUCGUAUAUGGCAAAAACUACAACUUUUUUUGGUUUUAGUUUCGUGGCACCUCAUAUUUACACUUAUAAACUAACUUUGGUUAACAAAGGUGUCAGCACGGAUUACCAGAAGAUACCAGAAGUCCUUACAUCUAUCGAUCUUUCAAGCAACAAAUUUGAAGGGGAGAUCCCGGAGUCCAUUACAACUUUGAAGAAUCUCCAUUCACUUAACCUUUCCAACAAUCGUCUCUCAGGCCAUAUCCCAUUGGGUAUAGAAAACCUCAGAGUGCUCGAAUCGUUGGAUUUUUCGAGCAACAUGCUUUCAGGAGAGAUUCCACUAGAGCUCGCGCAGCUCACAUCCCUUUCAUUCUUUAAUGUCUCUCAUAAUCAGCUAAUAGGUCCUAUACCACAAGGAAAACAAUUUGCUACAUUUGAGAACAGUUCAUACAAGGACAACUUGGGAUUGUGUGGGAAGCCACUGUCGAAGUUGUGCGGAAAUGCAGGGGAAUCACCUCCAUCGCCUUCAACUGGUGAAGAUGAUCAGGGCUCGGGGGGUUCUUCAGCAUAUGUUUUGUGGAUGAUAAUUGCGAUUGGAUAUGCAAGUGGACUAGUUGUUGGAGUUGUCACCGGACUCAGAUUCACCGCAUCAAAACAUGAAUGGUUUGUGGAAAGCUUUGGCAGGAGGCAACAAAACAAGAGAAGGCUGAGAAGAAGAGGACACAGAGUUUGA